AUGUCUUCUGAGAUAGCAGAGAAAGGUCAAAUUGGGAUUAUCUCCACGGAUGAAACACCGAUACCGGCGAAAGGAAAUGUACACUACGUCAACCGCAAUGGUGAUGAUACUCCGAAGUCUUUUGGAGAGGAGUACAUCCCUGGUUAUGAUGCCACCCUGAUGCGCGCGCGUGCGACGCUCAGUAGCGCAGAGGAAAAGAAGCUUUUACGACGCAUCGAUUGGCAUCUGAUUCCCCUGCUGGCUAUUAUGUAUAUGUUGAAAAGUGUUGAUUUUACCAAUGUCUCAUACGCCCGGACCAUGGACAAAGGCACACCCUAUAAUAUCUUGACUGAAUUGAAAAUGACCUCGGACCAGUAUAAUCUGGUUACAACUAUGUAUUAUGUCCCUUACAUCAUUGCAGAAGCCCCGUCCAACCUUUUGUUGAAGGGCGUGCGACCUUCAAUUUGGCAAGCUAGGAUUAUGGUCUCUUGGGGUAUUGUUCUCUGUUGCCAUGCAGCUGUGACAAACAGACAGGGUCUAUAUGUUGUCCGAUUCUUCCUCGGGCUAUUCGAAGCCGGCCUAUGGCCAGGAAUGCUCUUACAGUUAUGCUAUUGGUAUAGACCCGAUGAAGUUGCUCCAAGGAUUGUCCUUGUGACUUUACUCGGAAACUUUAGUACGGUGAUCAGUGGUGUCCUUGCAUUUGCCUUCAAUGGUGUCGUUGCUGGUGGUCUAUCCGGAUGGAAAUGGCUUAUCUUAACGGAAGGAAUCUUCACUGUCUUACUGGGAAUAUUCACUUAUUUCUUCUUACCUGAUUUCCCUUCAACUGCAUCCUGGUUAUCCGAAAAAGAAAAGGCCUUCACCCAAGCCCGCCUACCUAGCAACUCUCCCCGAGCGGCGGAGUCUAACUUCAACCUGCGCGAACUUAUCACGACAUUAAAAAACAAGCGAAUCUGGCUUUUCCUCUCUUGUUGGGCCUUCUUCACUAUUGGCACGACGGGUCUGAAUUUCUACCAACCAACGGUCAUUUCCAACCUUGGAUUCACAUCUAUGGGUGAAGCCCAGUUACUAAACAUUCCAUCUGCGGUUUUCGCAGUGAUAUUGACUCUCGUGUUUGGUAUUUUUGCAGAUACUGGGCGUAUUCCUCAACCAGCCAUCCCACUUGGAUUCAUGAUUGUCAUUCUAGCGUGCUAUGGUGUCCUGUACGCCUUCCCAAACAACGGUGGUGUAUAUGCCGCGACGAUUAUAGCAGGAGGUUUCUCGACUGCGUGGUAUACAAUGAUGUGGCCCUGGCGAGUCCAGACCACCGAGGGCGCAACGGGAUCUGCCUUCGCAAUCGCAUUUGCGAAUAGUUAUGGCCAGAUCGGAGGUGCUGUGGGGUCUCAACUGUUCAAUUCUCGGUUCGCACCACGAUAUGCGAUCUCUUUUGGAAUUGCGAUGGGAUUCAUUGGUAUGGCGAUCAUUAUGAACCUGAUUACUUGGGCUUACACUUGGCGGGUGGAUGUUGAUACGAGGAAAAUAAAGAGGAUUCGAAUUGCGGCGGCGAAAGAGAAUCAGGCCGUUUUAGAUGAUGUUGAUAUUCAUGCAGGAGAGAAAAAGGAGAGAUUAGCCAUCAUGCCUGGCGGCUUGGGCGGCCUUGGAUCAAGCAUAGGCCAGAAGCUGAGACAACAAGGUGCCCGUCUCGCUAUUCUCUACGCACCCUUCGAAGCCGCACGUCGCGACGAGCUUCUCGAAUCCAGCUACGGCGCAAGCGGCAAUCUAGAUGACAUCCACACCUAUGAAUGCGACAUCACCUCACCAGACUCCGUGCAGGCGGCCUUCAACUCUCUAGAGAAGCAAAUAAUUGACCCAGCCUCGUCUUCUCCGACUGAAAGAGCCUUCCCAAGUAUCCUUAUUAACACAGCUGGAUACGUAUCUCUCAGCGACAUGGAGAUAACACCUCCUGAAGAGACACUGAAGCAUCUGACCGUUAACCUCUACGGCCCGAUGCUCUGCUCUCAAGCUUUUGCUCGACUUUAUUUCGCUGCAACCAAAGCCGCUGAAUCAUCACCGAGCCCACCGCCACCGGGAAGAAUCGUCAGCAUUUCAUCUCAGGCGGCACAUGCCGCGCUGCACCGGCAUGGAGCAUAUUGUGCAUCAAAAGCUGGGCUUUUGGGUCUGACGCGCAGUAUGGCGUCUGAAUGGGGUGGCCGGGGUAUCACAGCUAAUACUGUUUCUCCGACCGUGGCGUGGACGGAGCUUGGGAGGAAGGCUUGGGGAGAGCCGAAUGUUCGUGACGCUUUCUUGGCGAAUAUACCGACGGGCAAGUUUGCGCUUCCAGAGGAGGUUGCUGAUUCCGUACUUUUUCUUUGUCAGGAUUCUAGCGGCAUGAUCAAUGGUGCGGAUAUUAGAGUUGAUGGUGGUUUUACCGUUAGAUAG